CUUGGAUUCAGAGUUCAGUUGUUCUGUCACUUGGUGAAAUCACAGUGAUACGGAUUACUCGUCCUCACGGGAAAACGCAACUAUUCACAAAUGAACAACGAUUCUGACUGUGACUGACAUACCAAAGAAAACAAAUGCUGUGCCUGCGGGAGUCUGGAGACUGCCUCCGGGAGCAGAUGCGCUUCAUGAUGCGCUCCCUGCAGGACCUGAAGCAGAUGAGCAGGACCUGUGUGCCCCCCGGGCCCCCGGUAACAGCCGCGCGGGCCUGCCAGCGGAGGGUGCUGCAGCGGGAGCACCGGGCGCGGCUGAGGGCGUCGGAGGCCAGCGAGGCCAGCACGUACGACUCGGCCUGCUGCCUGACCACCCCCGCGGAGGAGGAGGAGGAGGAGGAGGAGGGGGCGGGCAGCCGGCUGGGCCUGCUCUCCCCCAGCAGCGAGAAGAGCCUGGAGUUCGACUCCGGAUACUCCGAGGCCUCCUGGCAGGACGAGGGCGUGGUCCUGAGGAGGACCAGGAACGUGCGCGUGUCCGCCAGCGCCUGCCUCCGCACGAACCGCGCCCCCAGCGGCCGCGUGCGGCCCAAGUCCACCUCCGACGCCUGCCUGGAGCGCUGGACGUCCUUCGAGGCCUCUAACGCGGAGGACUGGACCACCUCGCUGCUGACGCGGGGCCGCAAUCGGCAGCCGUUGGUGCUGGGCGACAACAGCUUCGCCGACCUCGUCCAGAACUGGAUGGACCUGCCCGACUGCCCCGACACAGCCACGCUGAAGCCCCCCGCAGGCCGCCGCAUGGCCAAGGACUUCCUGGUCAACGUGCGGCGGAGACUGGUGGGAAUGACGAAGAACUCGGAGAGCCGAGGGAAGCCGGCAGACCCCUGUCGGGGGAACAGAACUGCGGCGGCCCCCAAACGCUUCUCCUGCCCUGAGGGCUUCCAGACACGAGCGCCCUUCUUCCACCAGUCACACACCGGCCUGCACGAGCUGGGCUCAGACUUCUACCGCUUCACCGCCAUCAUGAAGACCGGCAGCCGGCAGCCAAUCAUCUGCAACGACAUCAUCGGCUACAUCUGACCGUUGUCGAGGCGGAGGACUCCUUUCUGCAUCUGUGUGUCGUUCUUGCAUGGACAGUUCCCAAAAUGUGAAUUUAUUUUUAUAUGAUACAUUUCUGCCAAUAUUAACGUUAUAUGUGUUGCGAUAAUAAAUGCAAUUUCAUCAGGAAAUAUGUAAAAAUAAUUUGUUAUGAAGAGUGAGUAAUUCAUAUUUACCGAUUUACCGAUUCCAGUAUUUAAAAAAAUCUGUGAAAGUUAUGAAAAUGAAUAGCUCUUUAUGACACUUUAUGCUCUCGCAGGCAGACAAAUACCAAAGAUGUAAAUUAGUUGUGGGAAUGUAGUUAGAGUCAAAUUCAAAACCCUGUGACUACAAAGCACUGUUAAUCAAAUCCUGAUGACAGUCAUGCAGGCAAAAGUCACCUGAUUCCAGUUAUUGUCCUGAGAGCAGCAGCCUUUUACCAUGAAAUGCACUUAGUGAUCAAAUAGAUCUUUGACUCAUUUUUGGAAAGGGGAAAUGUGAUUAUCAUCAUUCAUUUUUUCAUUAGUUUAUUAAGGAUGGUGACACCAGAAUCUGAAGGCAGCUGAAGUUUGCUUUUGACAAUCGACUGAGAGUAGCACAUAUCAUCCACGUGUCAGGCUGCAGAAUCAUGUGCUCGAUUCAGGAUACACAUACCCAACAUUUAAAAAGUAAUGAACAACACAAAGUAACAAAUUAUUGUUUAUGUUCCUGUUCUUUGGGUAAUUGACUCAUCUAAAACCAUUUCAGGAGCACAGAACUGCAGAAAGACUAGAAUCGAUCUUGCCAGGCAUAAAUAAUUCACCAUGCACAAAGAAACAGUACAUAGGACUGAAUAAUUUAAAAGCCACAUUAAAUGCCAUUUGUACAUUUAGUCAGAUGCGCAGUGAUGUGCCUGUGAUUUUGUUGUAUAAUUUAACUGGACAUACUGUACUAAUACGUUUCAAGGUAAACAGUGAUGUGUGUUUGUAACAUAA